AUGGUUUACUGUAGAAUGGGAAGUGGUGGACAAGGGGGAAAGGUAUGGUUGUUAGGAGUGGAAAAUUUUUCAACGUGGAGGAAUUAUGAUUGUGGAGGUCAAUCUUCUAGACACGGAAGAAAUCGAACUUCUUGUUAUUCACAUGGUGACCCUUAUUAUGAUGAUUGUGACUGUGAUAGAGACAGUAACCAAGAUCAUGUUCAUGUUCAAGAUUAUGAUCGUGACAGAGGCUGGGACUGA